CACACUCCGGAGCUCUGACGCAAUUGCCCAUUUUUGGACGGAUGCGUCAGCCGGCAAUUUAGUCCAAAUGCAAGCUUCAUAUCACAUUAUUUGAAACAGCCACAUGAUUCGUGAGAUGAGAGGGACGUACGAUAAAUCAUAUCAUCUGUCGGUUGUAUGAACACUUUUACGUCAGAUUGUAUCGCUUAGCCAGGCAAUACCGAAGCUAAAAUAUAAGCCUAAUGUAUUUUUAUUCGAAUCACAUUUCUACGUAUUCAAGUUAACCUAUUUAGUUAAAACGAAGUUUAGUGUCAUGCUACGCUGAGUUCAGUGUCAUCGGAGCCGACCGCUGACAUAGUUCAGUUUUUGCCAAACAUGAGCCAAGAGAACUUUGAGGAUACUCCUUCAACCUCAACAGAGAGUGCCGAAAGAAAACUGCCGUGGGACCUCAGCGAGUUCAGCUCAUCAACACAACAGAUAAAUCACCUGAGAAUGCCAAUCCCCAGCAGUGCCUUCGUCCCCACCAUAAAUGCAAUAGCCUCUAGCCAGGACCUACAGUGGAUGGUCCAGCCAGCUGUCCUAGGGUCCGUGUCAGGCCACGGUGUUCCGUCACACCCAUACAGCCGGCCCAUCACCCACACCACCCACAGUGAACAUGCUCGGCCAGGUGUCAUACACGCCAUAGGAAACACCAGUUGGCAGCGGAAGAGAACUCAACAGCUGAGCCCCGAGGAGGAGGAGAAGCAGAGGCUAAGGAGGGAGCGGAACAAGCUGGCCGCUGCCAAGUGCCGGAACCGGAGGAGGGAACUGACGGACCUCCUGCAAGGGGAGACAGACCGUCUGGAACAGGAGCAGGCCAGCCUCCACCAGCAGGUGGACUCCCUUCGGGAUGAGCGUGCCCGCCUGGAGCUCCUGCUCACCACCCACUCCUCCGUCUGCAGCCUCCCCCAGAAGGAGCCCCCCUGCUCGGGCAUGUACCCCGCCGACAUGCCCCUGAGCUCCAGCACAGCACCCCUGGAGGUCAAGCGAGAACCAGAGGAGGAGGCCAAAGAGGGGGCGCUAUACCAUUUAAAGCGGAAAGCUCUGCUUGAGACCGAGGACCAGUAUGAACUCAAAGAUGCAUACAGCUCUCAGUCGGCCACAGGGUACAAUUUUAGCUACAGGUUCGUCGACUGCCCAUCCUCGGAGACAGACAGCUCUCUGUCGUACACUGACGAGCUGCUGAAUAACUCUAUCACAAAGGCUCAGUCUACUGAUAACAGCAGAGGCUCACACUAUAGCGAUGUCAGGGUGUUAAGCUCACCCUCACUCUAAAAGGGAAAACCAAGGUCCACUUACACACACUGGAGUAAGUUAAGCCAUUAUGGUCUUUAUUAUGGCCUUCAGAAAAGACAUCAUGGGCCCUACUUUGAAUGACGGGUAAAGUCUUCAUUAAGUCUACUUAUUAUACCGCUCCCCACAAUGCUUGUAGAACGCUCCAUUGACUUGAACCUAUGGUAAAAUUCAUGUAAUUACCGCUGCAAACAUAUAAUUACCGCUGCAAACAAAUAAUUACCGCUGUCAA